UACAAAGGAAGAGCAAAUGAGAAGUCCUACUUGUAUGAGAUUGUGGCCAAUAAAAGCACAGGUAUUGAUGUCGACAAAAUGGAUUAUUUCAGUAGAGAUUGCCUCCAUCUGGGAAUGAAAAGCAACUUCUCCCAUGAGCGCGACAUGAAGUUUGCACGAGUUUGCACCACUGAGAACAAUGAAAAGAAUAUCUGCAUGAGAGAUAAGGAAGCACUGAAUAUGUACGAACUCUUUCACGUUCGCUACCUGCUUCACCAAAACGCCUACCAACAAACAGGGUUACAAAAGCAGUUGAAAGGAUGAUUAUUGAUGCACUUUUGGCAGCUGAAGAUGCAGAUUUUAAGCUGGAUGGCAAGAAAAUCUCAGAGACUGUAUCUGACAGGAGCAUAUACCUGAAACUCACAGGUUGC